AAUCCGACCAGUACAUGUACCGCAGUACUGGUUGUUGGCCUGCAGAUCGCUCGCUCUGUCGGGCAACCGAGCAUGGGUGUUCUUGCAUGCACUGCCAUCCUUCCCAGCGCCCUCCUUGGUACUUCUUUUUUCUCAAAUUCCGGCUUACCCACCCAUCAGCCUCUUUUCCUAUGACUGCAUGUGCUCGUUCCAAUGGCUCACUGACUUGAAUGUGUAAUGAUAUUGUGGUUUCCCAUCUCCUAGCAUGAGCAUUCUGUAACGUACACCACACUGCGAAGUAAAGUACCGACCGACCGACCGUUGCGCAUUGCCCGUCCCGAGAUAUCCUUGGCCUCGCUCGCUUGGACCGGUCCGCCACCCCCGACCGGAUUGCUGUGAAACCGAUUCCUCAGCUGCGCUCAACACCCCAUUACACACUGGCUGGCGACACGGGCACUCCACGAGCCCAGACCCGACCAUCGAACGGCCGUCAUGGCCAGCAAGGAAACCCACAGCUCCGGCGCGCCCAUCCAGCCGACGUCCAAGGGCGCAAAGGUCGACGCCCAGGUCAGCUCGGACCUGGAACUGGGGAGCUUGCCCAACGGCAACAACAACAACAAUGGCAGUGGAGGCGCUGCUGCGAACGGGGGCAAGGGUGGUGGUGAUGGCGAGGUGGACACGGAUAUAAUGCAGAUCGCCAGGAUUGGUGAUAUACCGGCCAUGGAGGCGCUGUUCGAGACCAAGGAGUACGAUGCCACCUACGCGGAUGACGAGGGCAUCACUGCACUGCACUGGGCCGCCAUCAAUAACCAGUACGCCAUGUGCAAGUUCCUCAUCGACAGGGGCGCGCCCAUGAACAAGAAGGGAGGAGAGUCGGUCGCGACGCCCCUGCAGUGGGCGGCACAGCGCUGCCACUACUACACCGUCCACCUGCUGCUGCAGCACGGCGCCGACCCCUUGGUCACCGACGCCCAGGGCUACAACACGUUGCACAUAAGCACCUUCAACGGCAACGUCCUGCUCCUCACCCUCCUCCUGCACACCGGCAUCCCCGUCGACGUCCUCGAUAGCUACGGGCACACCGGCCUGAUGUGGGCCGCCUACAAGGGCUUCCCCGCCUGCGUCGACCUCUACCUGCGCUGGGGCGCCAGCGUGCACGCCAAGGACGAGUCCGGCUUCACCGCGCUGCACUGGGCCCUGGUCAAGGGCAGCCCCGGCUGCGUGCAGAAGCUCAUCGAGUACGGCGCCGACCGCUUCGCCAAGACAGAGACCGGCAAGACCCCGGCCAUCACGGCCGAGGAGCUCAAGACGCUGCCCGCCUGGCACCGGGCCCUCAAGGAGUGCGGCUACGACGAGGACGGCCACCUGAUCACCCCGAGCUUCCCCGGCGCCAGCUACCUGGUCAAGGACAGGAGGGGGUUUGUCACCAAGUUCACCUUCCUCUUCCCCCUGGUCAUGGUAUGGAGCAUGCUUGCCAUCAUGGCCGCCUUCCCCGUCUUCGCCGGGGUGCCCAUCGCGUUGGCUGUUGGAUACGUACUGCAGGAGGUCGCAAAACGGGUCCUGACCUUUGCGCCACCGGAUAUGCGCCAGUUCCAGAGGACGCCCUGGAUGGCGGGCAUCUUCUCUGCGUCUCUGUUCCUAGUGUCCCUGAGGUGGUUCCUCACGGUCCUGCCCGCCACGACAUUCAGAGCUGAUGCUGAGCACCGCCACCUGCUGAUGAACCUGUGUCUCGCCGGCCUUCUUGGGUUCUGCGCAUGGUUCUACUACUGCUGCAUGGUCUUCGACCCUGGUUUCGUGCCCAAGAUGAAUGGUAUUGCUGAGCAGAAGGCCGUCAUCGACGAGUUGAUUGGCCUCUGGAAAUACGACGAGGCAAACUUCUGUGUACAGUGCAUGAUCCGGACGCCACUGAGGAGCAAGCACUGCCGGCGGUGUCAGCGGUGUGUCGCGCGGCAUGAUCAUCACUGCCCGUGGGUCUACAACUGCGUGGGCGUCAACAACCACCGGCACUUCUUCCUCUACCUCAUCAACCUGACCCUGGCAAUCUUCAUGCUCGAUGGUGUUCUUUACUACUACUACACCGCUUCUAUGGGUUCUGCAUCCGACCAGUGCAACAUCUUUGGGCCCACUAUUUGCCAGAUCAUCAACACCGACACAUAUACCGUCCUGCUCGGCUUCUGGGCCAACCUACAGCUCACAUGGGUGGGCAUGCUCCUGUUUGUGCAGUUCAUACAGGUCGCCAGGGCGAUGACCACGUACGAGAACAUGUUCGGCGUUAACCACGUGGCCGCCAGCUCGCUCACGUCGGCCUUCACCUCGACCGGCGCGCCUCUCGACCCCACACACCCCGACGCGGUGCCACCAUCCGGGGCGGCGGCGCAGUCGGAAGCAGCAGGGCACGGGCACGGGCACGGGCACAGGCACGGGGCGGGCGGCUUCUUCAAGAGCAUGAGCAAGCUCCUGGGCGUGGACGCCUUUGUCGAGACGGCUACGGGCCGCGGCGCGGCGGCCGGCGGCAAGAACAAGAGGCGCAAGGGCAAGAACCCUUACAACCGGGGCUGCAUCACGAACUGUAAGGACUUCUGGUGCGACUCGGCGCCGAUGCUUGGGCAGCGCGAGAACGGCACUGCCAUGCUCAGCGGGCAGACCGUCAACUACGCGGCCAUGUACGAGACGCCGAGCCUCAUGCAGAUGAUUGGCGCGAGGAGGGGCGCGUACGAGGCCGUCCCGGGCGAGGAGGUAUGAGCCGGCGGGGCCCCAGGGGAUGAGGCUUGUGGUACGGAGAAGUGGCCCUUGGUCGGGGCAUCUGCGGGUUGGGGGUUGUUGUGUGACGAUCUCAUGGUUGUUUGUUUAUAGCGAGCCAUGCAUUGCGUUGGGAUAGGGACGGGGCGCGGGCACACCUUGUUUUGGCCGACUGGUAACAGAGCAACUUUCAUGACUGUAUAGACUAUACGCAACGGUGGUAAUACAAUGUCAUUCGAUGG